AUGUUUUUUUACUUUUUGGGCCUUGUGCUUGCGCUCGUAACUAUUUUUGGAAUUGUUCAUUUGCAACCUGCGAAUGAAUAUCUGCAUCUGCAGAACUUUUGCGUGUGGUCCUCAUCGACUGUACGCCGACAACUACAAAAAUACAAUUUAUUUGGCUUUCAAGAAAACAAUGAUGGCGCCAACGAUAUAGUGAAUGUUAUCGAAAUUUCGUUGACACAAGUGGAGGUUCCAGAAUAUGAAAAUGCAAGCGCGUUGGAAGAGCCGAUCGAAGAAAUACAAAACAUCAAACUCGGCGAUGAACGCGUCGUAGAAGGAGCGAAUGCCAUUCCCAACCUUAGUACACUCGAAGCUCAAGCUCAACCCUCAAGAAGUCGCGACAGCGUGUUAUCCGCGAUAAACGCCUCCUUAAGACGGCUCUCGUCGGUCGCUAACUCCGGAAGAAUAAACGGUGCACAACUCUAUCAGAUUCUCUUACGCGAAACUCUGAUGCACGAACAAAGCGCCAGGGCCGAAGAUACCGAUCUGUCGAGUACACCGUCCAACAACACUGUUACUCUCGAGGCUGUCACCGAGGAUGAAAAUAACAUCGACAAGCCCAAAGUGAAAAUGUACUUCGGGGAUGCGCCCAUGGAGUACGUGCCUCAUCAAAAAUGA